UCCAAAGAAAGAAGGGGAAAAGCAGACACUCGAAAGGCAACACAAGGGCGAAGACGGACAUCUCCCUCUCUGUGUUUGUAGUUGUCUGCGAAGCAAUGGCGCCGGUCGAAGUGGUGCAGCACGCGAACUGGAGUCCUUACGAUAACAAUGGAGGGACGUGUGUCGCGAUCGCGGGAUCGAAUUACUGCGUGGUCGCUGCGGACACGAGGAUGUCUACGGGCUAUAGCAUCCUCACCCGUGACUACUCCAAGAUCUCCCAAUUAGCAGAAAAAAGUGUGAUGGCCUCCUCUGGAUUCCAGGCUGAUGUUAAAGCUCUUCAGAAGAACUUGGCUGCUAGACACUUGAUAUAUCAACAUCAACAUAACAAGCAAAUGAGUUGUCCCGCAAUGGCUCAGCUUUUAUCUAACACACUUUAUUACAAGCGUUUCUUCCCUUACUAUGCAUUUAAUGUCUUGGGUGGCCUUGAUAAUGAAGGAAAAGGCUGUGUCUUCACGUAUGAUGCUGUUGGUUCUUAUGAACGAGUUGGAUAUAGUGCCCAAGGUUCUGGCUCAACUCUUGUAAUUCCCGUUCUGGAUAACCAGUUGAGGUCUCCUAGUCCUCUGUUGUUGCCUCCAAGGGAUGCUGUGACCCCUCUAACAGAGUCUGAGGCAGUUGAUCUAGUGAAAGAUGUUUUUGCUUCUGCAGCUGAAAGGGAUAUCUACACUGGUGACCGUGUGGAGAUUGUUGUCAUAAAUGCAGGAGGCAUUCACAGGGAAUAUAUUGAACUUAGAAAAGAUUAGCUGCUAGAGAUUGUUCAUUUGAGCGUUUAUCCCCAUGUAUUCUCUUGUUCGGUUUAGCAUUUUCACUUUUCUGCGGCGUAUUGGUGAUUAUGCUAUUGUCACUUUCAUUGAAGACUGAGACCUCUUUUCAAGAAUCAUGCCCGGGAGAACUCUUGUUUUUAUUUCCAAGUGAGGUUUCCUGGUUUCACCAGGGCCAGCACAUCCACUUUGGAUGGGGUUGUCCACCAGCAUUUCUUAGGGGAUCUACAUACCCACGUAAGGUGACUUAUCAUAUUAUUAAUAGGUAUUUUAUUCUUAAACGCAA